ACAAAAUAGGUGGACAGGUUAGCGGGUCGUGCUGCAUUGGUCCUGGCGGCGGCUAUAUAACCUGACGGAGGGUGACGGGUAGGCAUACACCCUCUGCUGCCUCCCUCCGUCAGUGUCUCCGUCAGCACCUCCGUCAGUAGCUUUGUCAGUCUCUCCGUCAGCGUCUGCGUCACUGUCACCAUCAUGAAGUUCCUCGUACUCUCCCUCCUCGCCCUGGUCGCUCUGGUCGCCGCCCGCCCUGAGUCAACCAUGGACAUCGACCUGGACGACAUCCAUCACGACCAGGACGUGGACUACGACCACAACACCUUCACCGGACAAUACAGCUGGGUGUCUCCCGAGGGCGUUCAGUACUUCGUGCAGUACGUGGCUGACGAGGACGGCUUCAGAAUCGUGGACACCAACGCCGUGCCCAUCAGUGCCGCCGGCGUGAGGGCGGACGGCAACCAGGGCUCCUUCGUGUCCUCAGAGGAGACAGACGACUUCCAUGACUUCCACGGGACUGUUUAGCCACGACCCGCCCCAGCUAGACCAAAUGUCCCCGAACCGUCCACAGGUUUAUGAUGAUGUACGGAAUAAUUAUUGAGGUGUUCAAGAUGAAUAAAUGUGUAAUAUAUUGAGA